AUAUCCGUCGCGGACAUGUACAAGUUUUCACGUUUUGUAUAUAUCUUUUCCGAAUUUUCAAAUCAAAUUAAAUUAAAGGACUACCUGGAGCCCGGGCGCAAUAAAUUGGCACUCACCUUCCCUGUCUCCGGGCGUAGCAGGACUCAGGUCAAAACAGGAAAGAGUGUGCUAGGGUUCGGCGAUCCGCGCGCCGCUGACCACUCGCCGGCGGCCACCGCGAUGCCCGGCAAGAAGAACGCGGAGCCGGAGCCGGCGCCGGCGACCGCCGCCUUCCCGCCCCAGCUCCCGCCGAUGCCGCGCGCCAAGGUGUUUAGGUUGAACGAUGGCGGCGGGUGGGACGACUACGGAGCCGGCCUUGUCACCGUCGACUACCUCGAGGGAUUGGCAUCGGCCCACGAAGCCGUCCUGGCGGUCAUAGACGCGGAGGACAAGGAGGCGAUGCUUUUGCAUCGCAUCACCCCGGACGACAUUUACAGGAGGCACCGAGGGACGCUCAUCUCCUGGAGCGAUCCUGUGUCCGGCAUGACCCUCUCCUUGAGCUUCCGAGACGCGGCAGCGUGCUCCGAUGUAUGGGACACAAUCUGCCAAGUGCAGAGGAAACUGAGGCCUGAUAGUUGAUAGUUACCCAUGCUCAAGAAAAGUUUUUCCUUGAAGCAAGCUCAUGAGUUGGGAAAUUUAGCCUAUGGAGUGAAGCAGAGUAAAAUACCAGACAUGAGGCUCGAGAUCUGAAACCAAUCAACCACCUCUGUUUUUUUUCUCCAGAAUUUCUAGAGAAUUAGGAUGUCAUCUUUUGCAGUGCCAUUAAUUUCCUGCAAUAAGAAUAGCUAAACAGCAGUUUGUCAUGUUUAAUGGUAUAUCUUUUUUCGAGGAA